GUUAGCUUUAGCACUUGUAGUUCUGUGGAGCUGCGGCGCGACAGAUAAACCCGAGUCACCCGAGUCAACCCGAGUCCACCCGAGUCAACCCGAGUCCACCCGCGCCGCACUGUCCCCGGAGCGCGGCGGGACAUGGCGCAAGUGAAGCUGGAGGAGGAGACCGGGGCCUGGGAGACGAACCCCGGGGAGGAGCAGCACAGGGGCCCCGAGGAGCAGCACAGGGGCCCCGGGGAGCAGCACAGGGGCCCCGAGGAGCAGCACAGGGGCCCCGGGGAGGAGCAGCACAGGGGCCCCGGGGAGCAGCAGCACAGGGGCCCCGGGGAGCAGCACAGGGGCCCCGAGGUGGAGGAGCAUAAUUACUGCGCAGCGACGGAGCCGGAGCCGCACGUCAAACAGGAGCCGCAGGACUUCCCCUUAAACAUCGUCAUCAAAACCGAGGAAGAAGAAGAAGGAGACGACGACAACGACGACAAGUCCUUCGUGCGUCGUCAAACUCCGGCCGAGGAGAAACCCGACGGAGAACGACCCAGACCAUACGGCUGUUCAGACCGCGAGGACCAGGACUCGGACGACACCGACCAAUCCGAGGACUACGGCCAAGAACAGACUCCGACCAAACGAAGCUACGCCGCCGUACCUCCAGACCACAGACCCUCCAGCUGUUCAGACCGUAGACCCUCCAGCUGUUCAGACCAGAGACCUUACAGCUGUUCAGAGUGCGGGAAGAGGUUUCGGAGCAAAGAGAGUCUGGAGCUGCACAUGUAUUACCACACCAGGGGGGGGCGCUACAAGUGCCCCGAGUGUGGGAUGAAGUUUGCGAAGAAAUGGAUCUUGCAGAGUCACAUGUCGGUGCACGUGAAGGGCCGACCUUACAGCUGUUCGGUGUGCGAGAAGAGCUACAAACACAAAAAUUACCUGGCGCUCCACCUGAGGCACCACCACCACAUGUGCCCCGUGUGUCGCAGACGCUUCUCCAACAAGACGCAGCUCGGCGCUCACCUGGACCAGUGCAAGGAGAGCGCCCGCAAAUGCCCCGAGUGCCACAAAACCUUUAAGUGUAAGUCCAAACUGAGCGAGCACCUGCGAGGGAAACACGGCAUGUGCCCCGUUUGUAAAGAAGCUUUUCCGGACAAAACCAAACUGAACAAACACUUGACGUCUCACGAAGAGGACGACGACGCCGCCAGGACGUCCCUCCCCAAGUCCUGCUCCAAGUGCGGCCAGGAAUUCCCAAACGAGUCGGAGCUGUCGGAGCAUCUGCAGACGCACGCGCAGGCCCGGAAAUGCGCCUUCUGCCACAAAGAGUUUAAAUCCAAAUCCGCGCUGGAGGCUCACAUGAAAACGCACGAGGAGCAGAAACCCUUCAGGUGUUCGAUCUGCGACAAAGAGAUCAAGAGAAAGUGCGACUUGACCAAACACCAGAGACACGCCCACCACGUCUGCCCCGCGUGCGGCCAGCAGCUCCAGAACAAAACCCAACUCAACCAGCACCUGAAGGUCCACGUGGAGGACGGGACCCUGGACCAGUCGGCGCUGCAGCGGGAUUACAUGACGCCGUUUUUCAGCUGCGCCAUGUGCGAGAAACCCUUCAGAAAAGAGGCGCACCUGCAGGAGCACAUGCUCGUCCACUUAGGAGAAAAACCCUUCAGCUGUUCGGUUUGCGGCAACGGCUUUAACUCCAAAAACGCCCUCAACCAGCACCUGCGCUUCGUCCACUGCACGUGUCAGGUCUGCGAGGAGGCGUUUCUCUCCAGCUCCGACCUAAGCGAACAUCUGAGGUCCCACGUGGAGGACGGGACCCUCGACCCGCUCUUUCUGACCCGAGUCAACUGGAAACCUUACAGCUGCUCACGGUGCGGCAGGGAGUUCAAACGCAAGUCGGGAUUCACCAAACACAUGCGCAUUCACUCGGAAAAACCCUUCAGCUGCUCAGUUUGCGGCAAAAGUUUUCGAGAACAGCAAAUCCUGAACAAACACUUGAGGAUCUCGCACUGCACCUGCCCCGUCUGCAAAGAAGAAUUCCAGAGAGACUCGGAUCUGACGGAACAUCUGAGCGCGCACGAGGAGGACGGCUCCCUGGACCAGGCGGGCGUGGAGCGUGAACACUCCAGAGCAUUCAGCUGUUCACUGUGCGGGAAGGAGUUCCGGAGGAUUCGGAAUCUGCAGAUGCACAUGUCCGUCCACACGGGAGAGAAACCCUUCAGCUGUCCCGUCUGUCAGAAGACUUUCGCUCAUAAAGAUUAUCUGAAACUGCACCAGGUCAUUCACUCCGACGCCAAACCUUUCGUCUGUUCGUUCUGCGGUAAAUGUUUUAAGCGCUGUCCCCAACUGAAGGCCCAUCAGAGGAGAGUCCACAAAGACAAACCCCACCCCCCACCUGAGAGCCCCUCUGAAGAACCUGCUGAAGAACCUGCUGAAGAACCUCCCCUCAAAGACCCCGUCUGAAGAACCGUCUGAAGAACCUCCCAAACUCUUCUCCUCAGAUGUUUCUCCAGGUUCUCGUCGUUUCUUUUCUCUGAUCCUCUGACGUUUACUUGGAGUGAUUCAUGUUUGAGGAAACUUUAAUCCUGGACUCCAGACCCUGGCGUCGGUGAACCUCGUAGGACUGGGCACCGUCGUUUUGGUCCAGAUGUAAAAAAGCGUCUGGACGGUCGACUGUGGAAAACUCUUUUCACUUUUAAACUCGGAGCUGGAUGAGUUUUGUGUCUGUAGCUCGGUUUUUGCCUGUCAAACGAGACUUUCUCUCACUCUGCUUUCGUCUGGUCAAACUUUCCAGAUUCUGUGUCUCAAAUGAAAAUCCCUCGGUUCAAAUGAAAUUCUGCCUCGUUGGAAAGUCGUUGUUCAUUUGUCAGUGUUGAAUCUGGAGAGUUAAACGUAGAGUUUAGAUGUUUGAACGAGAGCAGGAGCUGAGGUUUUCUGUCACUGGAGCUCAGAGGUGCAGAGGAUAAAACCUUUCAGGCGUUCAGUUUGUGUCAAAUGUGUUUUAUUUAAAUGUGAACCAUGCAGCUGUUCAGUUUGUGACUUUUACACAAACUUCAAAUGACCCGAAGAUCCAGACACAAGACUCGAGGACCUGGACCCGGACAAGGACCUGGACAAGGACCUGGGACUG